CAAUAUUACGUAUUCUCGCUGACAAAGGCAAAUGAAGCCAUGUUUUUUUGCUUAUGCAUUUUGGAGUAGGCUAUUCUACAUUUAAAGUUGGAGUAAUGCCGCAUUUGUAAACUGGAGACUGGUGGAAGAGCACUCAGCUCCGGAUUAUGUUUGAUGUCUCUAACCGUCAAUGAGGGCGGUGCGGGGAUGUUGUGGACGUUGUAUCCAAUGCUGAGCAGAAGUUGUUGAAAUAGGGAUCAGAAAGCCCGUUUUGCCUACUUGAAAACAACGAAGCAACCUGAACCAUUCAAGAAUGAAAAUGAGUUCAGAGGCCAGCUGCUGAACCAGAGGUGGACACGAGGGGACAGAAUAAGCAGAUUCUGUGAGACCAAGAGGAGCCUGCGAAUCAAAAUGAGUCAGGAAGCAGCAGAAACAAGAACACGGACCCGCUCAAAAGGCAUCAGAGUACCCAGUGAACUCGUGGGAACAGAGUUAAGUAGUUGCCCCACCCCUGGAUGUGAUGGUUCAGGCCAUGUCAGUGGGAGAUAUUCACGACACAAAAGCGUUCUCGGAUGCCCAAUAGUGAAGAAGAGGAAACUUGCGGAGGCGGAGGCAGAGGCAGAAGAGAAUCAGCCCGCCCCUAAGAAAAAGUCCCCGUCCCUGAAGUUGGCCAUGGACGAGGGUUUCAACGCAGCAGACAGUGAUGCUGGCAGUGAGGUGGAGCAUGAGGAGGAGGAGGAGUCAGAGGAUGAGGAACAGAAAGAGAAAGAAAACAAUAAAACGCCAAACCCGCUGGAGUCCAUGAAAGCCAAUUGCGCACAGGUGUUACCCGAAGACACAGAAAAAGAGAAGUCUGUCGAGUUCGACACCAUAGCUGCACCUGAAGCAGAGGCUCUGCAGCAGGACACAGAGGCAGCCACCACAAUCCAACAGCAGGCUUCCACAGAGGCAGAAGGGGAAACAGAGGCAGAGACAGCGACAGACAGACGCAAAGAGGAGGUGCAAGAAGUGGCAGAGAUACAGGCCGCAGAGGAGGAGGAGGAGGAGGAGGAAGAUGCGGGGACAGUUGAUGAAUACAGAACAACAGAGCAGCCCAAAGGCAACGAUGAAACAGGGAGAACAGAGAUUGAGGAGAAGCAAAAGGAGGAGGUAGGAGACGAGGAAGAAGAGGAAGAAGAGGAAGAAGAGGGGGUGGAGGAAGAGAAAGAGGAGGAGAGGCAAUGUGUGGGUCAGGAGAACUCAGAUCAUCAGUACUCCAGUGGUGACUACAGCAGGCAUCAGGCAAAAGUGGAAGGAGAUGAGGAAGAAGAAGAGGAAGAGAAGGAGGGAGAGGAGACUGAGAAGAAGGUAAUGGAAGAGAAGGAGGAGGAAGAGGAGGAGGAGGUGGUCCACGUGGAGCCUGCCAUCUCUCUUGCCUCUAGUACGCUUGCUCAGGGAUGUGAGGAUACAGAAGUGGCACUGGAGGAGGUAAAGAUUGGUACCCCAUUGACAGAAGAGGAGGAAGAGGAGGAGGAAGGAGAGGAGGAAACAGAAGCAGGGGAGGUGGAAGAAGAAGACCAAGAAUCUCACAAAGCCUCACCUACCACAGUGGUCAUCGAGAUACGAUCUGAGGAGGAGGAGGAAGAGGAGGAGGAAGAUGACUGUCUCUCACAGGGUUCAGGCGUGACAGAUGACUCUGAGACCUGGGAUAUGACCCGGGGGAACUUGGGGCUGCUGGAGCAAGCCAUCGCCCUGAAGGCCGAGCAGGUGAGAGGGCCGCACGACGACCAACAGUCUCCCAAGGACCAGCGCUACCACAGCCCCGAGGACAGGGCCAGCAAACCCAUGGACCCAGCCAUGCGACACAGAGGACACCACAGCAAAGACAAGAAAGAGGUGAAAUGCCCCACCCCUGGGUGUGAUGGGACGGGCCAUGUGACUGGGCUGUACCCCCACCACCGCAGCCUCUCUGGGUGCCCUCACAAAGACAGGAUCCCACCUGAGAUCCUGGCCAUGCACGAGAACGUGCUGAAGUGUCCAACUCCAGGAUGCACAGGCCAAGGUCACGUCAACAGCAAUCGCAACACGCACCGCAGUCUGUCCGGUUGUCCCAUCGCAGCUGCAGAGAAACUCGCCAAGGGGGGCCAAGUCACCCUCAGUCACCCCCAGCCUUCAGUCAGCGAGCCCUCAACUGGGAGCCCCCACUCAGACAGAGUUCUCAGACCAAUGUGUUUUGUGAAGCAGCUAGAGAUCCCUCAGUAUGGCUACAGACCCAACAUGGUGCCCACCACACCCCGCGCCAACUUGGCCAAAGAGCUGGAGAAAUACUCCAAGGUUUCCUUCGACUAUGCAAGCUUCGACGUCCAGGUGUUUGGGAAGCCUAUGCUGGUUCCAAAGAUGCCCGCCACCAGUCAAUCCUCACCCAAAGCCAUCAAAUCUAAACCAUUCCCUAAGGCCUCGUCCCCAAGCCACAGCAUGUCAGGAGAAUAUGCAAAGAGCAGCUCCUCCUCGUCCUCCAGCGGCUACGAUUACUCCCAUGAUGCCGAGGCUGCUCACAUGGCUGCCACUGCCAUCCUGAACCUGUCCACGCGCUGCUGGGAAAGGCCCGAGAACCUUAGCACCAAACAGCAGGACGCAGCCGGCAAGGAAAUUGAUAUUGAAGUGGAUGAGAAUGGGACACUGGACCUGAGCAUGAAGAAGCCCAUCAAGAGGGAAGGGAUACAAUCACCAGACCCAUCUUUAUCCUCCUCCUCUUCCUCGCAGCACCCGGGAGGUGUUCCCUUGUCCCAGGCCCACCUGCAGGAGGAGUGGGAAGGGCCUCUGGACUUCACCAAGCCAAACUGUCCCAAAGAGGGGGAGGAGCAAGAUGAGAUGGACUUUGUGGCCCACUCCUACACCUCCUCUGAUGCAGAGGAUGAUGACAUCGCUCAGGAGAGCAUGGAGGACAGGAAGUACCCAGGCGAGGUCACCACGUCCAGCUUCAAGGUCCAGUUCUCGCCCAAAGACUGCAAGAAAGAGGUUCUACUAUGUCCCACCCCAGGUUGUGAUGGCAGUGGGCACAUCACUGGAAACUACGCUUCUCAUCGGAGUCUGUCAGGCUGUCCUCUUGCUGAUAAGUCUCUUCGGACCCUCAUGGCUGCCCACUCUGCUGAACUUAAGUGUCCAACCCCUGGAUGCGAUGGAUCAGGUCACAUCACUGGAAACUACGCCUCCCAUAGAAGUUUGUCUGGAUGCCCUCGUGCAAAGAAAGGUGCUGUCAAGACAACACCCACCAAGGACGACAAGGAAGACUCUGAGCUUUUAAGUAGAUGCCCGGUGCCCGGCUGUGACAGCCUGGGCCACAUCAGUGGGAAGUAUGCCACCCACCGCAGUGCCUAUGGUUGCCCCCUGGCAGCGCGGCGUCAGAAGGAGGGGCUCCUCAAUGGCUCUCCUUUUUCCUGGAAGGCCUUUAAGACUGAGGGACCCACCUGUCCCACCCCCGGCUGUGAUGGAUCAGGACACGCCAAUGGCAGCUUCCUCACACACCGCAGUCUCUCUGGUUGUCCCAGAGCCUCCGCUAAUAAGAAGAGAAGCAGGUUUCCUGGAGACGAGUACAUUACAGCAAAGUUCAGGGCCAGCGAUGUUCUGGAUAAUGAUGAAGAUAUCAAGCAACUGAACAAUGAGAUCAGGGAACUCAGCGAGUCCAAUUCAGAGAUGGAGGAUGAUAUGAUGAACCUGCACACACAGAUCUCAUCCAUGGAGAAUAACCUGAAGAGUAUGGAGGAGGAGAACAAGCAGAUCGAGGAGAGAAACGAUGCCCUGUACAUGGAGCUGUCUGGCCUGAGCCAAGCUCUGAUCCGCAGCUUGUCCAACAUCCGGCUGCCACACAUGCAGGAACCUAUGUCGGAGCAGAACUUCGAUACCUACGUGGACACCUUGACCCAUAUGUUCUCCAAUAAAGAUUGCUACCAAAACCCGGAAAACCGCGCUGUGUUGGAGUCCAUCAACCAAGCAGUAAAAGGCAUCGAAGUAUAGUCUCUCAAAGGGUGAUGAAGAGGCUAAAUGGAACAUAUGAAAGAGAGAGGGAAAAGAGGCAAGAGAGCCGGGUGACAUGGUGUGUGGGACUACAAAACCCAACAACUGUACAAAACCCAACAACUAUAAAUACUUUUGGAAUAUACUGUAGACCUGAUUUUUCUUGUAUUUGUUUUGGAGAAAAUGUGUCCAUUUCACAUUGCUCCCCCUCCCUGUUUGCAUGAAGGUUAUCAGGAUCAAUGGACACACGUGUGUAUGGAUGAGUACGGAAGUUUCAAUUAUGUCUUGAGUGUUCUUGAGUGCAUUGGAGUAAAACUGUGUUGGUGUGGGUGUUUAGGAACGUUUUGAGGGGUAUAAUAAAAAAGCCACUAAUGGUUCAGAACGGACUAAGAAUGCAGUAUACUGGCUCCAAUACCCCAUCAUACAAUACUCUCCUAAAUAGUGUACAUGUAUUCCAACCCCAUUGAGUAAUGUUGAUAGUAUUUAUGAGCGUAGAUGUUGCACUUCCAGCGUAUAGUUUUUAGUUUCAUUACUAUUGUUGUGUAUGAAUUUGAGUCUUAAAAAUGUCUGUUUAAAUGUAUUAUUUAUUCAUGUUGUGUUAAUUUAGCUUAUUUAUUCAGCAUUUAUUUAUUGACCUAUUUAUUUAUUUUUACAAAACAAAAUGAUACUGAAGACAUUUUUAAACAGCGAUUGAGAGGAGUUUUCCUCUGCAUUGUUGAAAAAUAGGAAAUAUUUUAAAAUAUCAACUAUAAAUUGUUUUAUAUAUCUUAUUAUUUAUUUGAAAUACUGGGAUCUUUUUUAAGUGCAAAUAUUUUAUAACCGACAAGUUUUGAUAAUUUUUUAAAGAUUUUUCUUUUGUUUAUAUUAUUUAUUUUAUUCCAUAAAGUAUUUUGAGACACCUUGCAAUGAACUGGGAGAAAUGUGUACGUAUUUAAUAUUUAUUUGAUAAUGAAGAACAAAGUGAAUGGAGAUGUUGGUGUAUAUUUAUUUUGUAUUGUCUAUGUGUUAGUGAUGAUGGCUGUGUAUGGAUUAGUCUUUGCCCAUAUGUUGAUAUUGAAAUAAAGAAAACCUGUGCUAAUAUAA